AUGGAGAGCAGAACUGGGAGAUUAACGCUUCACUUCUGCGCCCUGCUGUCGCUCCGUGACUGGUUGGGCGUCUAUACACAGACUUCAUUCUUAUUAUGUUGUCCAUGUUUAGUAUCUCAGACUCGUGCUUUUACUCACAUCUCGACCAACCUUUGUAAGUGGUGCGACCAGUCCAGUCCUGUGUGUGAGGACAACAUCUGCAUGAGCAACUGCAACUUCAGCUCCUUCUGUCUGUUAGCUGAGGAGGUCUGCGUGGCCGUAUGGAAGAAGGAGAACGGAAGUGUGAGCGUACAGACUUUAUGCCACAAUCCUCAGCACAAGCUGGAGAACAUCGUGAUCUCAAACGACAGCUCCAGUGACUGUGUGAUGGCUCCAAUGCCCUCAGAGAACAGCAUGAUGUUCCUCUGCAGCUGUAUCAGAGAGCACGACUGCAACGACAGGCUCAUCUUCGAGAAGGGAGCAAACGGUUUCUUAAAGCUAACGAGUAAAGAUGUGAUUCCUGUAGUGGUGAUCAGUCUGGUUCCUCCACUGCUUGUAGCUGUGAUAGCUACGAUGGCAUUUUACCUCUACCGCACACGCCAUCCCAGCAAACAACCCAAAAACUGGGCACCGAAACGCACCCAGUACCAGUCGCUGGAGCCACAAGAGGUUUGUGCUGGUGAGGCCAACACCAGUGACUACAACGGCAAGAUCCUAUCGCUCGGCAAAGACGCCGAUUCAGACAUAUCAUCAAGCUGUGCCAACAACCUAAACCAUAACACAGAGCAUCUACCCAUCCACCUGGAGGCACUAGUGGGUAAAGGGCGAUUCGCUGAGGUGUGGCAGGCACGGUUUAACCACAGCGAGUGCACCCAGUAUGAACCGGUAGCGGUAAAAAUCUUUCCUGAGGUGGAAUACGCAUCAUGGCACAAUGAGAGGGCGAUCUUCUCUGACCCCAACCUGAAACAUGAGAAUAUUGUGCAGUUUCUGACUGCAGAGGAGUGUGUUGCCCCCCAGAGGCAGUACUGGCUCAUCAUGGCAUAUCAUGCCCUGGGGAAUCUGCAGGACUUUCUGGUGAGCCACGUGCUGAGCUGGACUCAGCUGUGUUCGAUGGCGAGCUCAGUGGCACGAGGCCUGGCGCAUCUGCACAACGACACGACACUGUGCGGCACGUUCAAGGUGCCGAUCGCCCACCGGGACCUGAAAAGCAGCAACAUCGUGAUGAAGAGCCAUGACGAGUGUGCGCUGUGUGAUUUCGGCCUGGCGUUGAGGCUGGACCUCGCUCUUACCGUGGACGACUACGCCAACAGUGGGCAGGUUGGAACGGCACGCUACAUGGCCCCCGAGGUCCUUGAAUCUAGAGUAAACUUGGAGGACCUGGAGUCUUUCAAACAGAUGGAUGUGUAUUCCAUGGCUCUGGUGAUGUGGGAAAUGGCAUCUCGCUGCGAUGUUAUAGGAGAGGUGAAAAACUACGAGCCUCCGUUCGGGUCGAAGGUGUGCGAGCAGCCGUGUGUGGACAGCAUGAGGGACCUGGUGCUGAGGGACAGAGGACGACCUGACAUCCCCCCCAGCUGGACGAUACAUUCAGGCAUGCAGAUGUUAGGUGCCACCAUCACAGAAUGCUGGGACCACGAUCCAGAGGCCCGUCUGACUGCGCACUGCGUGCUGGAGCGCUUUAACACUCUGGCUCUAGAGGAACUGGAGAGCGGCACCAUCUCCAUAUCAAACCCCGUUUCCAUCCCCACCGAGCAGCAGGACUUCUCUUUUCCCAAUAUCAGCACGGAAUAUGGAACUGGCAUCCCAUUAACAUGCCCGUCCCAACCACAAGCCACGGUCGACACCCACUCCUCGACCUCACUGAGGGGACUGAGUGAAGUGUGACUGGUCCUCCCCCACCCUGGACUCCCCCCACAGACUUGUUUUUGUAAUAUAUAAUGAUAUUGGUUUAGUAUGUGGAGCUGGUC